UCAACUUUGACAGUUGGCAGCAUUGCUUCGUAAAUUGGGUUUCUUUCUUUUACUUCCUUUUCUUACCGAGCAAGCAGCAAAAUGUCGAAGAGAGGUCGUGGUGGUACCGCGGGAGGAAAGUUCCGUAUUUCUCUCGGUUUGCCAGUGGGCGCCGUUAUGAAUUGUGCUGAUAAUACAGGAGCAAAGAACCUUUUCGUCAUUGCUGUACAUGGCAUCCGAGGUCGAUUGAAUCGCCUGCCGGCUGCUGGAGUUGGUGACAUGUUUGUAGCUACUGUUAAAAAGGGCAAACCUGAGCUUAGAAAAAAGGUUAUGCCAGCCGUAGUCAUUCGACAACGGAAACCAUUUAGAAGGAGGGAUGGCGUAUUUAUAUAUUUCGAGGAUAAUGCGGGGGUGAUAGUAAACAAUAAAGGCGAAAUGAAAGGAUCUGCUAUUACUGGCCCCGUGGCUAAAGAAUGUGCUGACUUGUGGCCUCGUAUCGCUUCCAAUGCAAGUUCAAUCGCCUAAUUUUGCAAAUAAAUAAAUAAAACCAACUUGAAUAUCGCAUUAUUUAUUUAGAUUACAUUUGAUGUAAUAUAUGCGCAACUUUAAA